AUGCCGCUGUCGGUGGAAGAGCUCGUCGCACAGAGAAAAGCAGCGGCGCCCGCGGCACGGCCGCACUUUGUAUCGAAGAAGGAGCGUGAGCAGCACCGUGCUGCGGCGCGCGCGGCAGAAAAUGCGGCCGAGGAAGAAAAAUUGCAGCGUAUCAAAAAAAGUCGUGUAGCGUGGGCGUCGGGCCAAAAAGAGGAGCCCCACGCGCGCGAGACGGGCGGAGAUGUGCAGCAGCGGUCGCUUGGAGUGCGCGCUGAGCGCACGCCGAGCGCGAGAAAAAUGCGGCGCUCCAACGACCCAGCCAAGCGCUUCCAGUUUGAAUGGGAUGCUGACGAUGAUACAAGCGAGCCAAACGCCGUGCUUGCGUGUGGCCCCGACGCAAUUGCGCCUGUUUUGAGCGCGCGUGCAGGAAUGGAUGGCUCUGAGCGCAGUGCUGUGACGCAUGCAAAAAGCACGGUACGUUCUACGCUGCACGACAAGCCGUGGCAGAAGAAGACACUCGCCGAGAUGCGCGAACGCGACUGGCGCGUGUUUCGCGAAGACUACGGCAUUGCCACCAAAGGCACACACAUUCCCCAUCCCCUGCGCUCCUGGGAAGAAUCCGCCAUUCCACCCCGCAUUCUCAGCGCGAUCCGGCACGUUGGCUACAGUGCGCCGAGCCCCAUCCAGCGCCAAGCCAUUCCCAUCGGCCUGGAGAACCGCGACUUGAUCGGGGUUGCCGAGACGGGCUCUGGCAAGACGGCCUCGUUUGUGAUCCCGAUGCUAGCCUAUGUUGCCUCGCUCCCCACACUCAAUGAAGACACAAAGCACCUGGGCCCCUAUGCCCUCGUCCUUUCUCCCACGCGUGAGCUUGCGCAGCAAAUCGAGACGGAAACGCGCAAGUUUGUCUCGCAGCUAAACCUAUCUGUUGUCUCCAUUGUCGGCGGGCGCGACGUGUCCGAGCAAGUGUUCCAUCUGCAGCGCGGCGCGGAGAUUGUCAUUGCGACGCCUGGCCGCCUCAAAGACCUGAUCGAGCAGCACAUUGUGCUGCUCUCCCAGUGCCGCUACCUCGUCAUGGACGAAGCCGACCGCAUGGUCGACAUGAACUAUGAAGAGGCCCUCGAGUUUAUUCUUGCAAACCUCCCUCCCACGCAGCGCGUCACGAUGCUCUACUCGGCGACCAUGCCCCCUCUGGUCGAGAAAAUCGCACGCAGUUACCUGCACAAUCCCGCCACUGUCUUGAUCGGCAAUGCGAACCAGGCCGUGGGCACCGUCGAGCAGCGCGUCGAGUUUGUCGACAGUGAGGCGCAGCGCAAGCAGCGCCUUCUCGCCGUCCUCGACAGCGGCUUUGUCCCCCCCAUGAUUGUCUUUGUGAACCAAAAAACGAUGGCAGACCAAAUUGGCAGAGAGCUGCGCAAUGCGGGCUGGCGCGUUGCCGUGCUCCACGCGGGUCUCUCGCAGCCCCAGCGCGAGGCAGCGAUCGCCUCGGUGCGCGAAGCGCGCAACGAAAUCCUCUGCUGCACCGACGUCGGCGCACGCGGCAUCGACUUGGCGAGUGUGUCGUGCGUGAUCAACUACCAGUUCCCCACCAAUUUCCCCUCCUACAUCCACCGCAUUGGGCGCACAGGACGUGUUGGGAAGCACGGCGUCGCUGUCUCCUUCCUCGACGAAAACGAUGCGGAGCACUUUCCCGCGCUGCGCCAGGAGAUUGCCGCAUCGCCCGUCUCGACGAUGAAUGCAGCGCUGCUCAAGCACAUGGGCGAAGGAAAGGCAAGAGGCGAUCAUUGUAUAUAG